AUGCGUAUUCGCAUCGGAGUGCUGGCAUUGCAAGGCUCGUUCAGAGAGCAUAUGUUCUUGCUGCAAAAAAUUCCAGGAGUAGAAGCAGUUGAAGUGCGCACCAAGGAGGAACUGGAAAGCGUUGCUGGACUGAUUAUUCCAGGUGGCGAGAGCACAACGAUGGCCCUGGUCGCUGAACGAUGGGGUUUAUUGCCUGAACUUCAAUCGUUCGCCAAGGCUGGGAAACCGGUUUGGGGGACUUGUGCGGGCAUGAUUUUCCUGGCGGAGGCGGCCGAAGGUCAGAAGAAGGGAGGACAGGCUUUGCUUGGCGGGCUCGACAUCACCGUCUCACGGAACUUCUUCGGCGCCCAGAUCAACAGCUUUGAAACCCGGCUACCAGCGCCAGACUGCAUCAAAUCAUAUGGCUCGACUGAGGACUUCCGCGCCGUCUUCAUCCGCGCCCCGGCUGUGCUAUCCGCGGGCCCGGAGGUGGAGGUCCUGGCGGAGUACACCCUCAUGCCGGAAGAGGCGGUCGCAUACGGGAGGGAUAAGGUCAUCGUGGCAGUACGGAAAGGCGUCCUCAUGGCGACGGCGUUUCAUCCGGAGCUCACUACAGACUUACGCUGGUAA